GAAGCUACCAAGAUCAACCUCUCCCUCUCCGCCCUCGGCAACGUCAUCUCGGCGCUGGUCGAUGGAAAAAGCACCCACAUCCCCUACAGGGACAGCAAGCUUACGAGAUUAUUGCAAGACUCUCUUGGCGGCAACUCGAAAACGGUGAUGGUGGCCUGUAUCGGGCCAGCCUCGUACAAUUUUGAAGAGUCGUUGGGAACAUUGAGAUACGCGAACAGGGCUAAAAACAUCAAGAACAAGCCGAAGAUCAAUGAAGAUCCGAAGGAUGCGUUGCUACGCGAAUUCCAGGAAGAAAUCAACCGUUUGCGAGCCAUGCUGGCAAAUCGGAAAAAGAAAGGCCGAGACGAGAUCCGCCAGGAAGAAAAGCAAAUGGCCGAAGAGCGCGAGGCGAUUGAGGACGAUCAUUCGAUGCGGGAAGAAGAAAAGCAGCGUCUACUCUCCGAAAUCGAGGAACGACGGCGACUCCUCGACCAGGAAAUCAGGCCCAAGCGGCUGUGGCGGCAAAAGAUUGUG